AUGCUACUCCCAGAAACAAGUAAACAGGAGAAUGACGGAUUGAUUGCAUCUUACAACAUUGCAUUGCUCGUUGCUAAAUCUGGGAAGUCUCUAACAAAUGGAGAAACAUUACUUCACCCAUUUAUUGAACAGGUUUUGUCAACUGUUAUGCACGAAAAACCCCAUGACAUUAUGAAGAAGAUCCCACUUAGUAAUAACACAAUUUCUCGACACAUCGAUGAAAUGGCCAAGGAUGUCAAACAUCAACUCAUUAAUAUUCUCCAGCGUUCUGAAUUUUCUAUACAAUUGGAUGAGUUAACUGUUGUGGAUAAUCAAUGUUUGACGAUGGUAUAUGUUAGGUAUUUCAGCGAAGGCCUUCAACUUUGUGAGGAAAUGCUGUUCACAGAGAAAUUGCCGCUUGAUUCAAAAGGUGCAACUAUUUUUCGCACUCACAAGUCUUUCCUUUCUGAACAUAAUAUGCCACUCAGUAAUAUUCUUGCCUCUUCCACAACUUCUUUGAAAGAUGAAUUGGUUGAUGAAGACUUAACUACAUAUCGCAACUAUUUACAAUCAUUGCAUGAUAAUACGGUGGAGCGAUUUCAAGAUGUUAUUGCGCUGAAUAUUCCAAAUUGGUAUAGCAAUCCGUUUGAAGUUGAUGCAGUCGAUUGCGAAUAUGACGUUCAGGAGGAAUUGAUAGAAUUACAAAAUGACAAUGACACCAUAAUGCGAUAUCGCCGUAAUGGCAAAGAAAAUUUGUGGUACAAUCAGCGUAUAUUAAAUUCCUAUCCCAAUCUGUGGAAAUAUCUGAAAUUACUUUUGCUUGCCUUCCCUAUCUCAUACCUUGUUGAGUCUGGUCUUAACCAUGUUGGAACUUUACUUUCCCAUAAAAGAAUUCGACUAGAUAUGACAUCACGAGAAAACUUGCGCCUAAAGUUGACAAGUUAG